AUGUUCCUCAAGCUUCGUGUCAUGCUCGUCUCCGUGCUCUUACUUUGUUACGGAACCUGCUCGGCCGCGGGCGUUUCAUCUCGUGAUGACACCCUGAACGAUGGCCGGCGCAACAUCACCGACGGCCAGACGCUCGUCUCGGCUGGUGGCGCCUUCACCCUAGGGUUCUUCUCACCGGGCGUCCCCAACAGGAGGUACGUCGGGAUAUGGUUCUCCGCGUCCACGGACGCCGUGGUCUGGGUGGCCAACCGCGACAGCCCGCUCAACGACACCGCCGGCGUGCUGGAGAUCGACGGGGCAGGCAGGUUUCUCCUGCUCGACGGCUCCGGCCGGACCGCGUGGUCCUCCUUAAACACGACGACCGGUGGCGCUACUUCUUCUUCGUUGUCCGCCGAGGCGCGGCUGCUCGAGUCCGGCAACCUAGUGGUGGUGCGCGACGACGACGAAGAAGAAGGCGCCGUGCUGUGGCAGUCGUUCGACCACCCGUCCAACACCCUGAUCGCCGGCAUGCGGCUGGGCAGGAACCCGCAGACGGGCGCCGAGUGGUCCCUCAGGUCUUGGCGCUCCCCGGACGACCCGGCGACGGGGGACUGCCGGCGCGCCAUGGACACUCGGGGGCUGCCGGACUGCGUGUCGUGGCGCGGCGACGUCAAGAAGUACCGCACGGGGCCGUGGAACGGGCUGUGGUUCAGCGGCGUCCCGGAGAUGGCGUCCUACUCGGACAUGUUCACGAACCAGGUGGUGGUCCGGCCCGACGAGGUGGCCUACGUGUUCAACGCCACGGCGGCGGCGCCCUUCUCGCGGCUGGUGCUGAGCGAGGCCGGCGUGAUCCAGCGGCUGGCGUGGGACGGCGGCAGCCGGGUGUGGAACGUGUUCGCGCAGGCGCCGAGGGACGUGUGCGAUGACUACGCCAAGUGCGGCGCCUUCGGGCUGUGCAACGUCAACACGGCGGCCACGCUCUUCUGCGGGUGCGUGCAGGGGUACGUGCCCGUGUCCCCCGCGCACUGGUCCAUGAGGGAGGCCGCCGCCGGCUGCCGGAGGAACGUGCCCCUGCAGUGCCGCGACGGCGGCGCCACCACGGACGGGUUCGUGGUGGUGUCUGGCGUGAAGCUCCCUGACACUGACAAUGCGACGGUGGACGUCGGGGCGACGCUGGAGGGAUGCAGGGCGAGGUGCCUGGCCAACUGCUCCUGCGUGGCCUUCGCCGCCGCCGACAUCAGAGGAGGCGGCGGUGGCAGUGGCUGCGUCAUCUGGGUCGGGGACAUCGUCGACGUCCGGUACGUCGACAAAGGCCAGGAUCUCUAUGUGAGGCUGGCAAAAUCCGAACUAGCAGCUGCUAAUAAGAAGAGAUGGGGUAUGUUGAAGAUCUUGCUACCAGUCACAGCAUGUCUGCUUGUACUGAUGUGCAUCUGCCUUGUUUGGUUAUGCAAGUUCAGAGGUAGAAUUUCAGGAUGCAACAUUGUUGUGGCACUUAUGAGAAGAGGCAACCGUCGAAACAAGGAUGUCCAGGCAAAGUCGAUCCUAGGAGGAGCUUCAAACCAACUAAUUGGUGAUGAAAAUAUCGAGCUUCCAUUGAUUAGCUUUAGAGAUAUUGUUACCGCCACAAAUGAUUUCUCGAACGAGAACAUGCUCGGACAAGGAGGCUUUGGGAAGGUUUACAAGGGAAUCUUGGAAGAUAAAAAAGAAGUCGCUAUCAAAAGGCUCAGUAAGAGUUCUGGACAAGGAGCGGAGGAAUUCAGAAAUGAAGUUGUUCUAAUUGCCAAGUUGCAGCAUAGGAACCUUGUCAGGCUUCUUGGUUAUUGUAUUCAUGAAGAUGAGAGGCUGCUGAUUUACGAGUACUUACCAAACAAAAGCUUGGAUGUCUUCAUUUUUGACGCUGCAAGUAAGUAUGUCCUUGAUUGGCCAACAAGGUUUCAAAUAAUCAAAGGGGUAGCUAGAGGACUUCUUUAUCUCCACCAAGACUCAAGGCUGACCAUAAUUCAUAGAGACCUUAAAUCAAGCAACAUCUUGUUAGAUGUGGAUAUGAGCCCAAAGAUAUCCGAUUUCGGUAUGGCAAGAAUCUUUGGUCGUGACCAACAAGAAGCAAAUACUAACCGAGUUGUUGGGACAUAUGGUUACAUGUCUCCUGAAUAUGCGAUGGAUGGCGCCUUCUCUGUCAAGUCCGAUACUUACAGCUUUGGUGUUCUACUCUUGGAGAUCAUAAGUGGUCUGAAGAUUAGCUUACCUCACCUCUCAGAAUUUCCAAACCUCUUAGCUUAUGCAUGGAACUUAUGGAAUGAUGGGAAGCCAAUGGAUAUGGUGGACUCUUCCAUUGCUGAUAACUGUUCACCAACUGAAGUUCUACGGUGUAUUCAUAUAGGGCUCUUAUGUGUGCAAGAUAAUCCUUACAAUAGGCCACUCAUGUCAUCAGUUGUGUUCAUGUUAGAGAAUGAAACCACGGAACUUUCAACCCCAAGACAACCCGUGUAUUUUGCAUACAGGAACUCUGAAGCAAAAGAAACAGGGGAAAAUACCAGCAGCUCAAUGAAUAACAUGAGUGUCACGAUGUUCGAAGGGCGGUAG